ACCCUGGAAAAAAAAAACAUUAAAAAUAUUGAAGUGUCUCUCGAAAUAGACCCGGGGAAAAAAAAACAUUGAAAAUUAAAACUUACCCAGAGAAGCACAAAGUCGAGAUCUAAACCAGCAGAGGCAACAGCUCUGCGAGGCGGGGGAUCGCCGUCGACCCAUCACCGACUAGUGGAAACAGGAAAGAGAUGCUGCGUUUAAGAACUUUUCGUCCGACAAAUGAUAAAAUUGUUAAGAUUCAGCUUCAUCCGACUCACCCAUGGCUCGUUACAGCAGAUGCAUCCGAUCAUGUUUCUGUUUGGAAUUGGGAACAUCGCCAGGUAAUUUAUGAACUAAAAGCUGGUGGCAUUGACGAGAGGCGUUUAGUUGGUGCCAAGUUGGAGAAGCUUGCUGAGGGGGAAUCAGAGCCUAAAGGGAAACCUACAGAGGCCAUGCGAGGAGGGAGCGUUAAGCAGGUGGACUUUUAUGAUGAUGAUGUACGCUUUUGGCAACUUUGGCGCAACCGAUCUGCAGCUGCUGAAGCUCCCUCAGCUGUUAAUCAUGUUACUUCAGCUUUUAGUUCCCCUGCUCCAUCAACAAAAGGGAGGCAUUUUCUUGUUAUCUGCUGUGAGAAUAAGGCUAUAUUUUUGGAUUUGGUUACAAUGCGUGGACGUGAUGUACCAAAGCAAGAACUUGACAAUAAGUCACUUCUCUGUAUGGAGUUCCUCUCCCGAUCAGCAGGUGGUGAUGCUCCACUCGUUGCUUUUGGUGGAUCAGAUGGUGUAAUAAGAGUUCUUUCAAUGAUAACAUGGAAGCUUGUUCGAAGGUACACUGGAGGUCAUAAAGGGUCCAUUUCUUGUUUGAUGACCUUCAUGGCGUCUUCUGGGGAGGCACUUUUAAUUUCGGGUGCUAGUGAUGGUUUACUCAUACUUUGGAGUGCAGACCAUGGUCAAGAUUCGCGAGAACUUGUACCCAAGCUGAGCCUAAAAGCUCAUGAUGGCGGUGUUGUGGCUGUUGAGCUUUCUAGAGUGAUUGGAGGUGCACCACAACUUAUUACAAUUGGUGCAGAUAAGACCUUAGCUAUUUGGGAUACGAUCUCUUUUAAGGAGUUGCGGCGAAUCAAACCUGUUCCAAAGCUGGCUUGCCAUAGUGUGGCGUCUUGGUGCCACCCUCGAGCUCCAAACCUUGAUAUCUUAACUUGUGUCAAAGAUUCCCACAUUUGGGCUAUUGAACACCCAACUUAUUCAGCUCUUACAAGACCAUUGUGUGAACUUUCCUCCCUAGUUCCUCCACAAGUACUUGCUCCCAACAAAAAACUGAGGGUUUAUUGUAUGGUCGCACAUCCUUUACAGCCACAUCUUGUUGCUACUGGAACUAAUAUCGGUGUUAUUGUCAGUGAGUUGAUGGCUAGAUCUCUUCCAGCUGUAGCUGCUCUACCAACACCAGUAGGGAGCCGAGAGCAUUCUGCAGUCUAUGUAGUUGAGAGGGAACUGAAGUUACUUAAUUUUCAGUUGUCUAGCACAGCAAAUCCCUCUCUGGGAAGUAAUGGCUCCUUGUCUGAAACAGGAAGAUUCAGGGGAGACUCAUUGGAACCUUUACAUGUCAAGCAGAUAAAAAAGCAUAUUAGUACACCAGUUCCACAUGAUUCAUAUUCAGUCCUUUCCAUAAGCAGUUCAGGAAAGUAUCUUGCAAUCGUGUGGCCUGAUAUUCCUUACUUUUCCAUCUACAAGGUCAGUGACUGGUCCAUCGUUGAUUCAGGCAGUGCAAGGCUUUUGGCAUGGGAUACAUGUCGUGAUAGAUUUGCUCUAUUGGAAUCUUCAUUACCCCCUAGAAUCCCAAUAAUUCCCAAGGGGGGUUCAAGAAAAGCAAAAGAAGCUGCAGCAGCUGCUGCACAAGCUGCUGCAGCUGCUGCUAGUGCUGCCUCUACAGCCACUGUUCAACUUCGUAUCUUGCUGGAUGAUGGGACAUCUAAUGUAUAUAUGAGAUCCAUAGGUGGCCGCAGUGAUCCGGUCAUUGGAUUGCAUGGGGGAGCACUACUUGGAGUUGCAUAUCGAACAUCUCGGAGGAUUAGCCCUGUUGCCGCAACAGCCAUUUCAACUAUCCAAUCUAUGCCCUUAUCAGGAUUUGGAAGCAGUGGUCUUUCUUCUUUUACCACUCUUGAUGAUGGAUUUUCUUCUCAUAAAUCUCCUACUGAAGCGGCACCUCAAAACUUUCAGCUUUAUAGUUGGGAAACUUUUGAGCCUGUGGGUGGUCUCCUCCCUCAGCCAGAAUGGACUGCUUGGGACCAAACUGUUGAAUAUUGUGCUUUUGGUUAUCAGCAAUACAUUGUCAUAUCUUCAUUACGCCCUCAAUAUAGAUACUUGGGAGAUGUGGCCAUUCCCUAUGCUACUGGUGCUGUUUGGCACCGGAGACAGCUGUUUGUGGCUACACCAACUACCAUUGAGUGUGUUUUUGUGGAUGCUGGAGUUGCACCUAUUGACAUAGAAACAAGAAAGAUGAAAGAGGAGAUGAAAUCAAAAGAGGCACGGGCAAGAGCUGUUGCUGAGCAUGGAGAGUUAGCACUGAUCACAGUUGAUGGUCCACAAACUGUUGCAAAUGAAAGAAUAGCCUUGAGGCCUCCUAUGCUACAGGUGGUGCGGUUAGCUUCUUUUCAGCAUCCUCCUUCUGUGCCACCUUUCUUAACAUUGCCAAAACAAUCUAAAGUUGAUGGAGAUGAUUCAGUGUUGCAAAAGGAGAUGGAAGAACGAAAAACUAAUGAGAUAGCUGUUGGUGGUGGAGGGGUGUCAGUGGCAGUGACUCGUUUUCCUACAGAGCAACGACGACCAGUUGGACCUCUCGUUGUGGUGGGCGUUAGGGAUGGAGUCCUUUGGUUAAUUGACAGGUACAUGUGUGCCCAUGCCUUAUCUCUUAGCCAUCCUGGUAUUCGUUGUCGGUGUCUUGCUGCCUAUGGAGAUGCUGUUAGUGCAGUAAAAUGGGCUAGUAGGCUUGCAAGAGAGCAUCAUGAUGAUUUAGCUCAAUUUAUGCUUGGAAUGGGUUAUGCCACUGAAGCACUUCAUUUGCCUGGAAUAUCUAAGAGGUUGGAGUUUGAUCUGGCCAUGCAGAGCAAUGAUUUGAAAAGAGCACUUCAGUGCCUUCUUACCAUGAGCAACAGCAGGGAUAUAGGGCAAGAAAAUACAGGGCUGAGUUUAAAUGAUAUUCUCAGUUUAACCACUAAGAAGGAAAAUAUUCUGGAUGCUGUCCAAGGAAUAGUGAAAUUUGCAAAGGAGUUUUUGGAUCUUAUUGAUGCCGCAGAUGCUACUGCACAAGCAGACAUUGCACGUGAAGCUCUUAAGAGGUUAGCUGCUGCAGGUUCGAUGAAGGGAGCAUUACAGGGUCAUGAGUUAAGAGGACUAGCUCUUCGCCUAGCAAAUCAUGGAGAGUUGACACAGCUAAGUGGCUUGGUAAAUAAUUUGAUCUCAGUUGGCCUGGGACGUGAAGCGGCAUUUGCAGCUGCAGUUUUGGGAGACAAUGCUCUUAUGGAGAAGGCAUGGCAGGAUACUGGGAUGCUUGCUGAGGCUGUGCUCCAUGCUCAUGCACAUGGACGACCAACAUUGAAAAACUUGGUUCAGGCUUGGAACAAAAUGCUGCAGAAAGAGAUUGAGCAUACUCCUUCAACAAAAACAGAUGCUGCAGCUGCAUUUCUCGCUUCCCUUGAGGAACCUAAACUUACGAGUUUGGCAGAAGCAGGGAAGAAACCACCCAUUGAAAUUCUUCCUCCUGGAAUGUUGUCUCUAUCUGCUCCCAUUUCUGUUCAGAAAAAACCCGUUCCUGCCAUACAGGGUUCACAGCAACAACCUGGCAAGCCCUUGCUAUUGGAAGCACCUCCUACCACCACAUCAGUUAGCGCGCCAACACCAUCAGAAUCGAGUGAAGCCACUGCAGAAGACAACAAUCCAAGUUCAUCAGUUACGGAUCCUGGUCCUGAUCCAGUUGCUCUAGCGCCAACUGUCCCUGCAUCUACAAGUGGUCCAGUUCUGCCUGAGGACGCCCCCAAGGAACCUGAUAUUCAGGAGAUGAGUGUUCCUGCUACUACAUUGCCAAUGACCGACCCACUUGCUUGACUUCGGAGUCCUAGUGACCAAUUGAGAAUAUAGUUUGUUGAAUGCAUUCUACAGUGUUUCUUCCAUCUUCAUUUAAUUCCCAUUGGCUUGUUGUAACUUGAUGAGUGCCAUCAUUGUCAAUUUUUUACCUUCUAAAGUACCAUUAGCGUCAAAUUUUUUGCCAUACCACACAGCAGAGGAACCUGACUUAUACUGGUCUAACUCACAGUUAUCUCCAUAUUCCUAUGGUUGAUUCUUUUGCUACAGUCCAA